AUGUCGGGCACCGCUCAAGAUCCCUCGAGGAUGAAGAGGCCCAAAGCAGUUCUCGGAGACCGCGCACGUAAGCUGGUUCACGCCGUGGAGAACACCAAAGGCGCGCGCCCAAAAGGCAAGAACGUCGGAAAGCUCGCCGGCAUCUACGUCCAGCUCGUCCGGAACGUGCCAGUCGAGAUAUUCGUCGAGAUCCUGUCGCACCUGCCCCCAAUCGACAUUCUCCACCUUGCGCGCGUCUCGAACGACCUCCGGCAGAUGCUCAUGACGCGGAACAUCAAGUGGCUCUGGGACGCGUCUCUAGCGCGGUUGGACCCGCCACCGCCGCCCUGCCCGGACCACUUCGCCGCGCCUGAUGUGGAAACAGCUCGGAUGAUUUUCAAGAAGUCAUUUAAGGGUAUCCCAGAGGCUAAGGCAGAAACGGAGAUAUGUAGCCUCCUCCCGGAGGCCGACGAGGACAUGCCAUCGGGCGGGUCCGAGGUCAGCAAAGUGGAUCAGUGCCUGAGCACCAAUUUUUACGUGCCGGAGUUUGAGGUGGUAUUCAAGAGGUUGCUGGAACUUCGUCGAAGCGGAGAUGCAGCUGCCCUCGCCGGUUACACAGAGCAGCGUCGCCACGAAACGCUGACACGGUUGAACUUCCAUGUCAAGGUCGGGAAAUGGGACAGUGCCUGGGAAGACGCCACCUAUAAGGCCGAACGCAAUGCCAGAGAAACGGCCGUCAUGAACCGCGAGAAUGCGAUCAAAGAGAGACUCUUCUCGCUCGGAUAUCAAGAGGAAGACCUCCCUCCCCGCAAGGACCACGAAUUUUGGGAGAUCGUUUGUCAGCGAUAUCCUUUGUCGGAACGCAUCUGGAAUAAAAUCCAAGGCACACUCAUCGACCAGGUCGAGCUCAACCGGGCGCGCCACGCAUCCCAAGCCUUCCUCAAAGAAUGGGAGCCACGCAUCGACACCUUCCGCGCAUUCUACGAACCUUUCCUCGCGCACGGGCGAACACAGCCUGGCAUGCUGUGGAAGCGAACUCUUCCGACGAUCGCGGACGCCGUAAAGAUCCCGGCCGUCCGCGCAUUGAUCACGCGCACGGAGGCUCCAUCCGUGAACGACUACGCGCGGGAACUCACGGAAAAGAUGGACGAGCUCGCUGAGCCGUACCGCGUGUCGGUCAGACGCGAUCUCGCGUGCAUCACGCGCAGUCUCGCGGAGCACAAAGAGAAGCUGGCCAAGAAGCGUAAACUGAGAGCCCCCGCGGCCGCGAAGGAUCAGUCCCCCGCCGCAGAUGCACAGGUUCCGUCAAAGCCGAAGGCCAACAAGCGUACGAAAAAGGCCCUCCCCGCCCCCUCCUUCGACGAUAAAUCCAAUAUUACGCUCCUGGAAGACAUUGGCGUGCGGUUUGGAUGCCGUGAAUGCAGCUGGCAUGUUAAGGACGCUACCACCCAGAUGCCCUACCCCGACACACUGCUGCACUUUCAGAUGAACCCCACCAAGCAUCCUCAGGGGGUAUGGUUCCCCGGGAUCAAUCACUCGGCUCUGAACACAACUAUCUUCGCCGAGCCGCAGGACCAAGGUUCCCCGAUGCGUUUACUUUUUGCUCUCGGACUUCCUCCAGGAACAACGGCGAGUGAACUGGCAGAGAUGACGGGACGCGCGACAAGCUCACCGACGUGCACGUGUGGAGAGUUUGGAGGCGACAGCUUUCGGCAGUUGAUGUACGGGAACAACGACCCGGACUACUACUCGCCUCUAUGGGUGUACGAGGAGGUGUUCCUCCAUGUCAACGGUUUCCGCGCGGAUAAGAAGGACCUGGAGAAACACCUCAUCACAAUACCGAUGGCUGAGGACGUGGAGCCUGUCAGCGACGCAUGA